AUGCGGCGGCGGGCCUUCCGGUUGCUCAUGCGCUGCGCCGCGCUGCACGCGCUGCGCCCGCUGCGCCGGAGCGCGCCGCGCCGCGCCUACGCGCGGUCCGCGGUGCGCAUGAUGCCCGAGGGCCCGGAGUGCCACACGCUGAGCCGCGCGAUGGACGCGCGGCUCGGCGGCGGCCGCUACGCCGUCGCGGCCGUCGACGUCGUCUCGGGCCGCUACGCGGAGCGGCCGCCCGAGGGCCUCGCCGAGCUCCGCGACCGCCUGCCGCUCGCGCUGGAGCGCGUCCGAUGCAAGGGCAAGUUCAUCUACUUCGAGCUCGCCGGCGGCGCGUCGCUCUGGUCGACGCUCGGCAUGUCCGGCGGCUGGACGCUGCGCGCGGGCCACCCGCACGCGCGCCUCGCGCUGCGGCUCGCGUCGGACGACGACGAGGUGCGGCUGUGGUACCACGACCUGCGCAACUUCGGCACGUUCAAAGCCUGCUUCGACGCGGGCCUCUUACGGGACAAGCUCGAGUCGCUCGGCCUGUCGUGGCUCGAGGACGGCGACGAGGCCGGCUUCGAGCAGGGCAGGACAAGAGAGCGAAAUUCCAAACUUCAAAGCCUCAUAUCUCGGCCGUUUUCCACUCGCUUCGAGGACCGGUUCCGCGGCGUCUUCGCGGCCGCGGCCGCGCGGAGCCCCGAGAAGAAGCUGGCGGUCUUCCUCAUGGAUCAAAAGCAGACGGCGGGCAUCGGCAACUACCUGCUCUCCGAGAUCCUCUACGCGACGCGCACGUGGCCCUUCGCGGCCCUGGGAGACGUCGGCGAGGACCGCGUCCGCGCCAUCUGCGGCGAAGCGCUGCGGCUCAUCCGCGCGUCGCGCGACGCGCAGCUCGUCGCCUACGGCACGCCCGACCCGCGGCCGAAGCUGCGGGACCUCGCGCCGCUGGGCUUCUCGCUCGAGGUCUACGGCGCGUCCGUCGCCGGCGACGGCCGCGCGGUGCGGCGCGACGCGGGCCCGCACGGGAGGACGCUGCACUGGGUCGAGGAGGCGCAGACGGGCGCCAUGCCCGACAGCGACGAGGCCGCGGCCGCCGCGGCCGCGCGCGCGAGCCGCGACGCGGCCCCGUCGAUGGCGUGGACCGCGAAGCGGCUCCAGGCCGCCUGCCGCGAGCGCGGGCUCCGCGUCUCCGGCGCGAAGGCCGAGCUGCUGCGCCGGCUGACGAGCGGGUCUUAA